AUGGCUUCUAAGCAGGCUCACAAACGACUCAUGAAGGAACAUGCCGAUCUUAAUAAGGCGCCUCCACCUUUUAUCAUUGCAAGACCCAAGGAAUCUGAUAUCCUCGAAUGGCAUUACAUCAUUCGAGGUCCACCUGAUACUCCUUACGAAGGUGGUGAAUUUUGGGGAACAGUCAUAUUUCCGGCGGAUUAUCCAUUCAAACCACCAGGCAUCAAGAUGCUUACUCCUUCAGGUAGAUUUCAGCCUGACCGAAAGAUUUGCACAAGUAUGAGUGAUUAUCACCCUGGAUCUUGGAACCCUGCAUGGAGCGUGGCUACUAUUCUCACUGGACUGCUGUCAUUUAUGGUUGGAGAUGAGAUGACAACUGGAAGUGUACGUUCAAGUGACGCUGACCGAAGGAUUUAUGCUAAACGAUCACAUGCAUAUAACAUGUUGAGUCCCUUUGAAACUCAUGGCCCCUUAUCGAUCACUUCUUAA